AUGUCUCCCGCGGCUUUUGACGAGAAGGAGCUGGCUGAGACUCCUCUCACCCAGACAAAAUCCAACACCAACAAUGCUCAAUCUGACUCCCUUGCUGUUGGAAGCAGCGAGAUUCCCAUCCCUGGCGAUGCUCACGAUGAUGGCACCGCCAAUGCCAUCGAGGUCCCAGCAACCCGCAGCGCCAUUGCUGACACCACCAACUACAUGCACAACCUUUCCCUCUCGCCUUCCAUGAAGGAGAGGAGAGGAUCCCGAAACUCCUUCGGUACCUCGUUGCCCAUCCCCCGCUCAAAGAGGCAGUCACGGUUGUCCUCUGUACACUACCCAGAUGGCCACGGUGCUGCCAAGCGCCCUGGCAUGCCCGCCAUCCAGCCAUCUCGUGAUAUCAUCGCUGCUCAGCUUCAAGACUUGGCUGGCGAGAAGGUCCACGCUGCCAAGGACAUGGCUUUCGUCUUCGACAUUGACGGUGUCCUUGUCCACGGUGACCGUCUCAUCCCCGAGGGCCAGCGCGUCCUUGAGAUCUUGAACGGAGACAACCAGCUCGGCAUCAAGAUCCCACACAUCUUCCUCACCAACGGUUCCGGCAAGCCUGAGCAGGCUCGUGUCGACCAACUCUCAAAGAUCCUCCACAAUCCCAUCUCCACCGAGCAGUUCAUCCAGUCGCACACUCCCAUGCGUGCCUUGGCUGAGUACUACAAGACCGUUCUUGUCGUCGGUGGUGAGGGCUACAAGUGCCGUGAGGUCGCUGAGCAGUACGGCUUCGAGGACAUUGUUGUCCCCAACGACAUCGUUGCCUGGGACCCCACCAUUGCCCCUUACCGUGUCUUCACCGAGGAGGAGCGCAAGACUUCCCGCCCCCGCGACUUCAGCAAGACCAACAUCGAGGCUAUCAUGGUCUUCUCUGACAGCCGUGACUACGCUACCGACAUCCAAAUCAUCAUGGACCUCCUCCAAUCCGAGAACGGUCGUCUCGGCACCAGGGCCAAGGACCCCGUCUCCCAGCGCAUCCCCAUCUACUUCUCCCAGGGUGACAUGCUCUGCCCCACCGAGCACCCCUUCCCCCGCAUGUCCCAGGGUGCCUUCCGCAUUGGUCUCGAGGCCAUGUACAAGUCGCUCACCGGCGUCGAGCUCGAGCGUGUCGUCUACGGUAAGCCCGAGUUGGCUACCUACAAGUACGCCGAUGAGGUCAUUGCCAGCUGGAUGGAAACCAUCCACAACGAGGAGAAGCUGCCUUCUCACAUCUACAUGAUCGGUGACAACCCAGCCUCCGACAUCAUCGGUGGUAACAUGUACGGCUGGAACACUUGCUUGGUCCGUACUGGUGUCUUCCAGGGCGGCGACAACGACGAGAACAACCCUGCUUCCUUCGGUGUCUUUAAGAACGUCCUUGGGGCUGUUCAGACCGCCAUGAAGAAGGAGCUUGGUGAGGACUUUGAGUUCAAGUUUAAUGAGAAGAUCAACCCUGUUAUGCAGGAGGGUGGUGUCUCUGCUAUUGCUUAG